AUGGAUCAUUUGAUAGAAGACCUGACAUGCUCAGUUUGUUUUAACAUAUAUGAUGACCCUCGACUUCUGAAAUGCUCGCAUACAUUUUGCAAAGACUGCUUGGAAAACAUAAUCAGGACCUCGGAUAGCUAUUUUUGGAGACUUUCUGUCGGGGGGCUAAAAUGUCCAACUUGCAGAAGGAUUACAGAUCUCUCAACGGGAGUUCAUGGUCUGCCUAUAAAUUUUGCCCUCAAAUCCAUUGUCGAAAAAUUUCAAUCCAACAUCCAAUCCAGCGCUAGAACCUGUCCAGAGCAUCGCGGAAAACAGUUACGUUUGUUUUGUCUCAAAGACCGAAGGUUAAUCUGUGAUCAGUGUUGUGAAGUAGGACAGCAUCAAGACCAUCCUACUGAAGAUCUAGAAAGAGCCUACAGAAAAGAACGAAAGACAGCUUGUAAUCUGUUGGCUACUCUACGUGAGAAGAAUUUCACAGGUGUAUCCAGCGUCAUCAAAACACUGGAAGAACAGCUGGAGGAAUGCAAAACCAUUAUUCAAGAAGAUAAGAAGGAGGUGGUCACCUAUUUUGAUAAAAUAAUUGACAUAUUUGAGCAGAAGAAACAACAUUUUCUUGCAGCCUUAAAUGAUCUUGAGGGAAAAAUAGUUGAUGCCUAUGCUCCGAAAAUAGAGGCCAUGAGGCAAAUACAAGAUGAAGAACUGGAUCUUAUAUCUUUGAGUAGUACCACACAAGAUGAGGAAUCUCCCUUUGUAUACUUGGACAAUAUCCACACCAUAGAAAAAGGGAUGAAAGCUUUGAAAAAGCAGCAGUUAUGUUCUAUUCACACGGUUCAAAUCAGCCCCAGGGUUGGGCAGAUACUAAAGGAUCAGUGGUCUAAAACCAUAACUGAUGCUCAUAGACAACCCGUUCCAAAAUGUGAAUUCCGGUGCAGUGCCAAACACAGAUUCAGACACAAGAGGGAAGAAUCCCCAACGCUGCAUUAUUCUGUCACAUCCACUCAUGAAGGUGAGUCUCCAGAGACGCGGUCAGGUGCCUUAAAUCUGGACCGACAGAUCCAUAAGGAACAUAUAGGGCUAACCUGCAUAGUGGAGUCCGUGAGCAUUGCAACACAGAUGUUAGUCACUGCCAACGGCAGUCCUGACGCAGAGGAAACACCUGAAUACAUAAUGAACUGGGAACCUGCAUUGCUUGUCCAGAUGAAGAGUUUCCAGGGUUUCCAUAUCCAGUCCUGA